AUGGCAGAUAGAAAUAUCACUUUGAUUAAAGACUUGGACAAUAUGAAGGAUGAUUACACACUGAAAGUGUCUAUAAUCCGACUAUGGAGAUCAAUUUCAGAUGUUAACCCCACUAUAGUGAAAUCAAUUGAGAUGAUAUUGAUGGAUGAGAUGGACAAGUUAAACUUGCAUGGAAGAACAACUGUGAAUGAGUAUCUACACUUUCAAUCCAAAACAACAUACGGAUUUUCUUGUGUUUCGUUUGAAACAAUUAUCUCUGCAACAACUACAUCUAAUGACUCAAUUGAUGUUAUUGGUGAAGUUGUUUCAUUAGGAAAGCUUGAUUCCCGUGAUGUCAACAAAUCCAGACAUAGACUACCUUUACAGAUCCGAAACUUAGAAGGUUUGCAGGUUAACGUGACAUUGUUUGGAGAUAUUGCAUACCAAUUGAUUUCUUAUAUUGAAGCUCAUAAACAAGUUGGUCAUGUGAUUGUUCUAUUGCAGUUUGCAAAAAUUAAUGUUUAUAACGGACUACCUCCUGUUAACAGUCAUUUUGAUCGCACGAGGAUGUUCAUAAAUGUUGAUCUCCCCGAUAUUGUUACCUUCACAGAUAGCUUGGUUGGUCUACGAGGACUUCAAAACCCUUCUUCUUCUUUGACUGUUGAUACCUCUCAAUCAUAUUCUGAAUACGAUGACUUUUUGAUCAAUCAUAAGGUUAAAAAUGUUGUCGAUUUGCUAGAACCACAAGAGGUCGGGAAAUUCAUCAUUGUUUUCCAAACUCUAGGAGUAGGAACUCGGUACAUGCAGUCUUGGAAAUCUGUUUUCCAAACUCUGAGAAGGAAACAAAGUGAAAUGUCUAUUUUGCCCUUCUUCUAUCCUUUUGUUCAGCUCAUUAUUUCCUGA